UAUUACUUCCUCUGGAAACCAGAAGAGUGGGUGUCAGCAUCACUCGCUCUAACAUUCCUCCAUUCCUCUUUUGCAGUCCAAAUUCCGAGAAUUCCCCAAAUGCAGUCCCAAAUCCUCACGACUCAAUCUCCAACUUGCUUCCCCAAUUACCCUUUGUCCAAUUCAUUCGCGAAGCCCCGGUUCCUCUACUCAGCCUCUCGGUUCAAGAUCAAACCCUAUCUCACCUUCGCUCUCCGCUCUCGGAACCGAUUCGGUGCGGCCCAAUCAGCCACCGCCAAGACUACCGACUUCGUCUCUGAUUCAAGCAAACCCAGUAUCGAAGACUCGCAAAGCGAAUGGAACGUGCAAGUUGGGAGCCCCAAAAUUGUUCCUUCUUCGCCCGUUGCCAAGUUGAGCUUGGGUGAUCAGGCUUUCUUUCUCUUGGCCUUCAUUGCCUGCACUACUUCUGUUGCGUUCACGAGCCUUGUGGUCGCCGCUGUCCCUACAUUAUUUGCCAUGGGAAGAGCUGCAACAUCACUUUCCAAACUGGCAGAUACGGCACGGGAGGAGCUACCAAGCACAAUGGCUGCUAUUAGGCUCUCAGGCAUGGAGAUCAGUGAUCUUACACUGGAGUUGAGCGACUUAAGCCAGGAGAUAGCUGACGGAGUAAAUAAAUCAGCUCAAGCUGUGCAGGCUGCAGAAGCUGGAAUUAGACAAAUCGGUUCUCUCGCUCGAGAACAGACCAUCUCAAUGAUUCAAGAGAGAGCUAGCCUGCCAAUUAUCUCGUUACAACCUGUUGUUGCAGGGGCUGCGAAGAAAACAUCUCGUGCUGUUGGUCAGGCAACAAAAACGUUCAUCAAUAUGAUUUCUCGAGGUGAGUUCAGCCCCGAGAGUGAGGAUGAGACUGGAAUUGAUAGGGUAGAACUAUAAGCUUACUUGCAAUACACGAAGUGUAUAGAACAUCAACAUCGGCAAAGAUGGACUAUUUUGUUGGUUGAAGAUGGAUCAGUCUCCAUAGAAUGUCUCUUCUGUUAUGCUCAGUGGGAAUAAUGCCAAGUACAGAUUGUUUUCUUUGAGCUCAUUUUGCAUCUCCAUUGCCCUGAAAACGAAGGUGAUAGCUCCAUUCACUACAUACAUUUUCAUGGGACUAGUAGCCGGAGUUAUUUCUGCUUUCCAUUCUUUUAAUAUUCGUGUAUGCAAAGAAAACUCUCCUUUGGCUUUAUGCAUACCAUUACCUUUGUCUUA